UCCCGGUAAGGACGUGCUUUUCGGCGUUUUCUUCUCGUUCCGGUACGUGAGGUCGGUGGUUCGCGUGUUGUGGCAAUUUUAAUCGGAAAAGUGUGUGGUUUCUCGACAUGCGUAUGUAGUUAAGCGAUUGAUGUUUGUUCUUGGAUAAUCGGAGUGCAAUUGCGACAAGUGCUCUUACAUUCGCAGUGGGAUCAAAUUCAAGCAUGUGGAGGGCUGCAGUGUUUGGAAAGCUGAGAUAUAUGAAUUGUGCUACAGUUGUACAAUUGAAUUGCUGACCGUUUGGACCGAUCGCCGUGACCUUUGCGCUAAUUGAGAUCGAAGCAUUAAAUUGAACUUAAUUGACCCAAUCGAGCUGUGGUGAAUUUGUGUUAUAGUGUCUUAGUCAGGCUGGAUAAAAGUGAUAAGAGCAGAAUGGCCGAGGAAAGCCUUCGCGUUCCGGAUUUGAACAUCGACUUCCACAUCGUGCAGCUGUUCGAACGGUUGGAGAACCUUCGUCGGGAGCCAGGGGGUGCCAAGCUCUCCAGCUCCCUGCAGGGUCGUUCCACCAAUAUGCACAACGAGCUGCGUAGUCUGGAGUUUUGGAGAUCGAUAACCUCCGAGUGUUUGGCAUCCUUCUUCUACGUAUUCAUCGUGUGCGGAGCCGCGGCCGGUGCCGGCGUCGGAGCCAGCGUAUCUUCGGUGCUGCUUGCGACCGCUCUUUCGUCCGGAUUUGCCGUGACGGCGCUGACCCAGUGCUUCCUGCACGUUUCAGGAGCCCACAUCAACCCGGCUGUGACGAUCUCACUGGCCAUAACCCGCAUGAUAUCUCCCCUGCGAGCUAUCCUCUAUAUGAUAGCACAGUGCGGAGGUUCGAUAGCCGGUGCAGCUUUGCUUUAUGGCGUGACGGUCCCGGGCUAUCAGGGCAACCUGCAGGCAGCGGUGUCACACACCUCGAACCUAGCGGCCUGGGAACGAUUCGGUGUCGAGUUCAUCCUGACCUUCGUCGUGGUGCUGUCCUACCUGAUCUCGACCAAUUCGUACAAAAAGUACUUUGGCUCGUCGGCGAUCGCCAUCGGUGCGGCCUACAGUGCAUGCAGUUUCGUCUCGAUGCCUUACCUGAACCCAGCACGUUCGCUAGGGCCAUCCUUCGUUCUGAACAAAUGGGACAACCACUGGGUCUACUGGGUCGGUCCACUGAUAGGAGGUGUGGUGUCCGGGCUGCUGCAUGAGUUCAUCUUCAGCACCAAGAAGACUACCAAGAAAUCCAAGGAAGACGUAGAUUCCAGCGUAAACUCCGACGAGGAUAUCAACUACGAUAUGGACAUGGACAAACCGCAACAGACUGGGAAAUAUCAUACCUACCGACCGGCAAGUGGAACCUUAGUCAACCAACAGCGGUUCUGCCAGAGCAUCUACACUGCCGAACCCACCUCGAAGACGGAUCGCGUCGAAUCCAUCUACGGCGGUACCAAAUCCAUGUACUGCAAGUCACCCCCAUUGACCCGUGCCAACCUGAACCGAUCGCAGUCCGUUUACACCAAGAGCAACACCGCUCUCAACCGUGACAUGAGCAUUCGACCAGGACCUCUCGUACCAGCGCAGAGUUUGUACCCGCUACGGGUCACUCAACCUCAAAGCUCCCACCUGCAAAACCAAAAUGUACAGAACCAACUGCAACAGCGUUCGGAAAGCAUCUACGGAAUUCGAAGCUCCAUGCGGCAGCAAGGACCUCCAGAACGAAUGCCCCAACAGCUACCUCCACACCCCCAAGCUGGCGAUCCGCAGAGCUUUCAGCCUAUCUACGGCACCCGGAACAAUCCAAACUGUUCGUCUGACGCCCUCAAGUUUGACCGAGAACCACGAGAAAAUAGCCGCGAUGAUUCGAUGUCGUCCAAGUUUUCCCGUUCCGCUCGACCGGAAUCCAUGUACGGUCAACGCCGGGUGCAGUCGGCUCAAUCGGAUGACAGUUCCUACGGAUCGUAUCACGGACCAGGCCCUGCCAUAACUCCACCGACACGGAACGGCAGCAAUGGUAGCAGCAACUAUAACGUUGCCAUGAUGAUGCCGAACUACGGUCCGGGUCCCGUACCCGGAAUAACUCAGAUGCAAUCGGAGCGCAAGGCAUCUACUUCCUCUUCGCAACAACAGCAACAACAGCUUCAACAACAACACCAACAACAACAACAACAACUACAGACCAUGGGACAACGAACUCCCUCAACCAUACAGAAUAGUAACCUCCCACCUCCACCCCCACAACUUCAAAACCAUCCCGUUGGAUACCCCAUGCAGCAUCCAGUGCGGCAGAACUAGAACCCCACGGUAGUGGACCUUGUGCCAGAACUAGAACGUGUAAAAAAUGUGUGGUUUUCUUGUUUAUUAGUUAAGAUCAGAUUUUAAAACGAAUAGUUAGUCCCUUUUUGCCGGUUAAGCCAUAUUCUAGAGAUUUUAUUUAUUGCCAUUCUUCGUCUACAGAUUAAUUUUAAGACCCCUGAUGCAUCGAAACACAACGUAAUAACAAACAAAUCUGAUUGAAAUGUUACAAGUUAUUGACUUUUAAGACUGAUGAGACCCACUUUUGUAUGUAGAAGAUUUAUGUAUACCCAAGCGAUAGUUGUUGAUACUUUUUGGAUAGGUUUCAAUGUGAAAUAAAUAUCCUCUCUCUUAUUUCCCUUUUGCGAAGAUCAAUGACAUUCUAAAGUGGCUAUCAAAACUAUACUCUCCUGAUGAAAGAUGUAGCAAUUUUCAUUCGUAUUAAAUAUUGACUUAGUACAAAUGUAUAUAACUGGUUAGAAUGUUAUCCAAAGUAGCUAGGCUUGAUCAGAAGCGUACAAUCAUAUAUAAAUCGAUCAUGAUCUUUCACAGGCAUUACCUUCCUAUAUUUAGAAUUUUGGAUAGCGAUCAUUAGCGAAACAGCGAAAGUUUCGGCAGGAUUGUUGUAUUUUAGAGCAUUGUACAUACUUACCAUGUAGAAUAGGAACAUAUGAAAUGAAUGAUAAUAAUAAAGAACUAACCUUUGAAAAA